UUGUUCUAAUUAUUGAUUUUUGGUGGUAUGACCAGGUCUUCAUGUGAUAAGUUACUUGAUAUUGAUCCGGAAAUUGAAAGGACCUUCAGAGCUUUGAGAAUUCAGGAGAAAAUUUCAGAGGACUCAGGAAGUUCUUUAUCAUCUUCAGAUACCCCCAUGGCUGAUCAUAGUAGGACAAUGAAGGAGCUUGCAGCUCCUGAUGAGGCUUUCAAGUAUUCAUGUAUCACUUACCCAACUUUAGCUCGUGAUUUUGAGUUGAGAUCAGGGUUGAUUCAUUUGCUUCCCAAAUAUCAAGGAUUAUCUAGAGAAGACCCAAACAGACAUUUGCAUGAAUUCCAUUUGGUUUGUUCAACCAUGAAACCACAAGGAAUUUCAGAAGAGGAUAUCAAGAUAAGGGCUUUUCCAUUUUCACUUACUGGAGUAGCAAAAGAUUGGUUGUAUUAUUUGCCACCGGGAUUUAUAACUUCAUGGAUAGAUAUGAAGAAGGCUUUCUUGGAGAAAUUCUUUCCUGCCUCGAGGACUGCAACUAUUAGGAAAAGCAUCUAUGGGAUUCAACAAGUGGUGGGAGAGACACUUUAUGAUUAUUGGGAGAGAUUCAAGAAAUUAUGUUCAAGUUGUCCUCAACACCAAAUAAGUGAGCAGUUGUUAGUCCAAUACUUCUAUGAGGGUUUAUUACCUAUGGACAGAAGUAUGAUAGAUGCAGCAGCUGGAGGAGCUUUAGUAAACAAGACUCCAGAGCAAGCACGGGAGCUAAUUUCGAACAUGGCUGAAAAUUCACAGCAAUUUGGAAGUAGAGCACUCACUACUAGAGGAGUUGGUGAAGUUCAAAUGGUUUCUAAUGAACAAAAGGAGAUAAAGAAUUCAUUGAUGGAAUUAACGACCUUGGUGAAACAAUUAGCCUUGAACAAUGCUACUCAACCUUCUGUUGUGCCGAAUAUGCAAUUUCCAUGUAAACAAAGCAUAGUUUGUAGCAUUUGUUCGAGUCCAGAUCACCUUUCAGAACUUUGUCCAAAUCUCAUUCAAGAUGAAUCUUUGGCAGCAUUCUCUAGAGCUCAGUUCCAACAAAAACAUGACCCGUAUUCAUCUACAUAUAAUCCGAGUUGGAGAGAUCAUCCAAAUUUGAAGUAUGGCAAUUCAUUCUAUCAACAUCCAUCUUCAAAUCAGCAUUUCAGCCACACUUCCAGCAAUUUCCAGCAACCUCAGCAAGGUUUCCAGCAGUAUAAUCAGAAUUUCCAGCAAGGUUUUCAGCAUCAUUACCAGCCUGCAAAUCAAUAUCAGCAAUCGUAUCAGCCUUAUCAGCAAUUUCAGAAUCUGAAUCAGAAUCAGCAUUAUCAAUAUCAAAAUCAGAAUUUCCAGCAAUCAAUUCCAGCACUUCCAGCACCUACAAAGAUGAGUUUAACUCAAGGAGGUUCCAAUAAUGUUUCAAAUUCAGAUCCACAGCAAGCUAGAUUGGAGGAAUUGAUGCAGCAAAUUCUUCAGCAGCAACAAAAUCAGGAAAGGCAGAUUGGGCAAUUGGCUUCUAGCAUUAAUCAGAUUCAAGCUCAGGGAUCGAGUCAAUUGCCAUCUCAAACAAUUCCUAAUCCUAAAGGGAACGUUAGUGCAUUAACUUUAAGGAGUGGAAGAAAAAUUUCAGAAUCUUCAAGAGGAAGAGCUGCUGCUGAAAAUUUUUCAGAAAUCCAGCCAUCCAGUUUCAGCAAUGAAGAACUCCCAGAAGUGCAGAAUGUGCCAGUUUCAAGUUCUAAUCCAAUUCACAUUGAUCCCUACGGUUUGGAGCAUGCACAAGGAGGUGGAAAUCUGAUGCCAGAUUUUUCCAGCAACUCUUGUCCAGCUGAACAUUUUCCAGCAACAACUUCAUAAAGCAGCAAAUCUGGAAAUGCAGGAUUUCAGAAUUCAGAGCAGAACAUUCCAUUGCCUUUCCCUCAACGCAGAGUUCAACCAAGGAAGAAUGUAGAGGAAGAGAAAGCAAAGGAGUUCCAGGAGCUUGUGGACUUAUUCAGCAAGGUGGAAGUAAAUGUUCCUUUACUCACAAUGAUCAAGCAAAUUCCAAAAUAUGCGAAAUUUUUGAAGGAUCUUUGUGUGCACAAGAAGAAAUUGAAGGGGAAUGAGUUGAUUAGCAUGGGCAAGAAUGUGUCUGCACUUCUUUAAACAGUUCCUCAGAAAUGCGAAGAUCCUGAAGUUUUUACGGUUCCUUGUGAAAUUGGGAGUAAUCUGUUUAAAGAUGCCAUGCUAGAUUUGGGAGCUUCAAUUAAUGUGAUGCCAAAAUCAGUUUUUCAGACAUUAGGGAUUGGACCAUUACAACCUACAGGAGUAGUCAUUCAGUUAGCUGACCGCAGUCAGACUCAUCCAGCUGGAGUUAUUGAAGAUGUAUUGGUGAAUGUGAGAGAACUUAUCUUUCCUGCAGAUUUUUAUAUCCUCGACAUGGAGGGAGACUAUCUGGCCAGUAGAUCUCCACUCAUUCUAGGAUGACCAUUUUUGAAGACUGCAAGGACCAAGAUUGAUGUUCAUGCGGGCACACUUUCUAUAGAGAUAGGAGACACAGUGGUCCAAUUCAGUAUUUUUGACGCUAUGAAGUAUCCUAGAGAGGAUCAUUCAAUUCUUAGUUUGGAUAUUUCAGAGGAGCUAGACAGUAUAGAUUUCUUUUCAGUGAUUGAUUCAGACUCAAAUGCUGCAGAGGGUGGUAUAGGUGAUUUUUUGUUUUCAGAAGAGGAGGAUAUUUCAGCCUUGGGAGUGGAUGAUGAGUCUUGUGGAGUAUAUCCGAGUGAGAGAGAUAAUUUAUGCGUAGGGGAUUGCUUAGGAGAAGCUCUAUCCCUAGGAUCGCCCAGAGAAGAGAAAUUAUGCGUAGGGGAUUGCUUAGAAGAAGCAUUACCCCUAGGAUCGCUUUCAGUUGACCAGACACAGGAUGAGUUGAAGCCAUUGCCGCCACAUUUGAAGUAUGCUUAUUUAGGAGAGAACCAGCAGCUACCUGUCAUCAUAGACCAGAAUCUUGAACCAGAACAAGAAAGCAGAUUAUUAGAGAUUCUGAGGCAGCACAGGAAGGCCAUUGGAUGGACUUUAGUAGAUAUUCCUGGUAUUAGUCCUUCUAUUUGCAUGCAUAGGAUGUAUUUGGAGGAGGAUGUGAAACCAGUGAGAUAGCCCCAGAGGAGACUUAACCCACUAAUCCUUGAUGUAGUAAUGAAAGAGGUGACUAGACUGCUACAGGCAGGUAUCAUUUACCCUAUUUCUGACAGUAAGUGGGUAAGCCCCAUCCACGUGGUUCCAAAGAAAUCAGGAGUGACAGUUGUGACUAAUGAAGAGAAUGAGUUGGUGCCCACCAGAGUGAAAAAUUCUUGGAGAGUUUGUGUGGACUAUAGGAAACUGAACCAAGCAAGCAGAAAGGACCACUACCCCCUACCUUUUAUUGAUCAGAUGUUGGAAAGACUAGCGGGCAAGUCACAUUAUUGCUUCCUAGAUGGUUACACGGGAUAUUUUCAUAUUUGCAUCGACCCAGAGGAUCAAGAGAAGACCACCUUCACUUGUCCUUUCGGUACAUUUGCCUAUAGACGGAUGCCAUUUGGAUUAUGCAACGCUCCAGGAACUUUUCAGCGAUGCAUGGUAAGUAUUUUUGGUGAUUUAUUAGAGCAUUGCAUGGAGGUUUUCAUGGAUGAUUUUUCUGUAUAUGGUUCAUCAUUUGAUGCAUGUCUAGAAAAUUUCUCUAGGGUUUUAGAUAGAUGCAUUGAGACUGACUUGGUACUUAAUUUUGAAAAAUGUCAUUUUAUGGUUGAGCAUGGUAUUGUUUUAGGACACAUAGUCUCUAGGAAAGGUAUUGAGGUAGAUCCUGCUAAAGUUAGUGCUAUAUCUUCUUUAUCUUACCCCGCAUGCGUGCGGGAUGUUCGAGCUUUUCUUGGCCAUGCAGGAUUCUACAAGAGAUUUAUUAGGGACUUUAGUCAGAUCGCUCUUCCAUUGUCUCAGUUGCUUCAGAAAGAUGUGGAGUUUCAUUUUGAUCAGAGGUGUAAGGAAGCCUUUCAGAGAUUGAAGGAGGCUUUGGUUUCUGCACCUAUUAUUAAGCCACCAGAUUGGGCUUUACCUUUUGAGCUGAUGUGUGAUGCUUCGAAUUUUGCCAUAGGGGCAGUACUUGCACAGAGAGUAGAGGGAGCACCACAUGUGAUCUGUUAUGCAUCGAAGACCUUAGAUUCGGCUUAAGCAAACUACACCACGACAGAAAAAGAACUUCUUGCCAUUGUUUUUGCUUUAGAUAAAUUCAGAUCAUAUUUAUUAUGUUCUCACGUGGUUGUAUUUUCUGAUCAUGCAGCAUUGAAGUUUCUCCUCAAGAAGCCAGAUGUUAAGCCCAGAUUGAUUAGAUGGAUGCUUCUUCUCCAGGAGUUUGAUUUAGAGAUUCGUGAUAGGAGUGGGAAGGAGAACUUGGUUGCAGAUCAUUUAAGUAGAAUUGAAGGGGAUUUGGACCACACGGUUAUUGAUGAUGAUUUUAGAGAUGAGCAUCUCUUCAGGGUGCAUGGAAUAGGCUCAUUGGACUACAAGAAUUUGGAUUGGGCCCGAUCCAUUAAAUGGAGCUUUCCUCUUGAGCUAACCCAUGUCAAACCUUAUCAUCAAAUCCCUAAUUUUCCUCCUAAACUAAGCCCUAAGCCAAAUGCAAAUCCCGGUUCAAACCUUGUUAUAAAACCCAAAAAAAUCGCGGAUGAACAGUGGCUGCGCCUACUGUUCAUCGUGCCAACGGCGAUUUCCUCUCCGUGAGCGCGCGCGCAUGCCCCCGAUUCCAGUGAUAAUCUGAUCUUGAGUUCCAGAUCCAUAGAGGAGGAUGCAAGGAAGCUGCUGACCUAAUUUCCUGAAGCUGGAGGUUUGCCAAAGAGGUUUCGACGGCAAGCUUUGCUGGGAUUCGAUUCUUCAUUUUCCGCCCCUGUUAGAACGGUGUUGACAGCAUGAAUUCAUCAGCCAUCUUCAGGAAUCAUCAAAGAGGUCUCUCUGGUGGUUCUUGACUUGAAUCCAGCCACAUUCAACGCCCCAUCAGCAAGUCAUUGCUGAGCACAGAAUAGAAUUGCAAAUCCAGGUUUCGACAAUUCUGCACAGAUCUGAACUUGUGUUCUUCCAGAGAGGUUUCUUUGGCUAAGAUCAGUGGGUUUCAGAUCUGAACUCAGAUCAGCUGCGUUUUUUUUUUCUGCUUUUCUGGAUUUCGCAUUUGAGGUUUCAAAUGAGGACUCUUGUGUGACGACAAGAGUUGUGAUUCAAGAAUUGGUUGUGAUUGGAAUUGGUUUAGUUUUAAUCCUGCAUUUCAUUACUGCUGUUAGCUAGAUCUAGAACUUGUUUGUAGCUCAGUUUAGUGCAUAGAUUGGUUUCUUUCCAGAAUUUUGCUUUAAAUCUCUGUUCUGUAAUGCAGAAUUUCCAGCAAGUUUCUGUUAAUAAAAGUAGUUUACAAUCUUUGUUUUCAA